AUUACACUGCCAGAGGCAACGGGUAUCGAGGUGUUUCGCACUUGACGAGGGUAAUGCCGGCGUAACUAUUAACAUCAAAACGUCAUCAUGCUAUCCCAAUUGUGGAACAACAACAACAAUUGUUAAAAGUUAAGCAAACAAUAAAGAUGAUGGUGUUUAAUUUAUCAGGAGUACGGUGUUUUUCGAUUGUGUUUCAAUGGAUCCUGCUCUGGAUAUAUGCGGACUUUUUCCUCUCCAGCUGCUUAGCAUCUUAUGGUUAUAUUCAAGAUAGCACAGAUAAUUCAAGGAUUACCGAAAUCACAGAGAAUAUUUAUAUUGGAACUGAAAAACGAGAACAAGAAACGGAGACAAUAAUGGACUAUUGGAAUCUUGGAGCCAAUCUUUUGCCUACGUUUGACAGCAAAACAGCCAAAAACGUUACUACGCAGCUAGGCCAGACGGCCUAUCUACACUGCAUCGUAAAUAACUUGGGAGACAAAACGGUAUCAUGGAUUAGAAGAAUAGAUUUUCAUGUUUUAACAGUUGGACUGGAUACAUAUACUAGUGAAGAUAGAUUUCAAGCCAUCCACAUCGAAAAUACAAACGAUUGGGCUUUACAAAUUAAAUUUUCACAAUUAAAAGAUGCAGGUGUUUACGAAUGCCAAGUCAGUUCCGAUCCUAAAAUUAGCUAUUUUGUUAAUUUGACAGUUUUAGUAGCUAAAGCUGCAAUAAACGAAGCACCAGAUUUAUACGUCAAAACAGGGAGUUCAAUCAACUUAACUUGUAUUAUAACUCAAAGCCCAGAACCUCCUAUCUUCGUCUUCUGGUAUCACGAUGAUCGAAUGAUUAAUUAUGAUUCUACUCGAGGAGAAAUAACAGUUCAGAAAUUAAAUGGUGAUGUUGCUAUUAGCAGGUUGUACAUUAAAAAUGCUUUACCUGCCGAUUCAGGAAAUUAUACUUGCGGCCCUUCAAAUGCUCAGCCAAGUAGCAUCACAGUACACAUCUUAAACGGUGAAAAACCAGCUGCCAUGCAAUACGACAGCAAAGGUUCCCAUUCCGGAAGUAAAUCGUUAAACCCCGAAUUUACGACAUUAUAUAUACUUCUGUCCAUCCUGUGGUCUGUACUUAGGUGAAUUGACUCGAACUGUUAAUAAGAUGUGCGAUACGAACUGUUCUCAGGGUGAAAAUGUGGCCACAGUUUGGAGUAAUAAGUAUGAAUGUGUAAUAUGUGUAUGGCUGUGUGUAUGUUCACUCUGAACUAACUUUCAUAAAAAAAAUAAUAAAAAUAAAAAAAUAAAAAUAAAAAAUAAAAUAAAAUCAUCAUUCAACGAUGAAUAAAAUCUCUAUAUAACAUAUGAAGAAAUAUUGGACUAAUUUUUUGACCGCAGAAAUUUUGGUCAAAGUGGUUUUCCGUCGGACUUGUGUCGUUUUAUUAAUUGGAUAAAAAAAAAAAAGUACAACACAUUGCCAGAAUGGAGGUUUCGAAUUGCCUUAUUUUAACUUCCUCAUUGCUCAUGAAGUUAUAUAAAGUACUGUGGUUCAAUAAAAUUGUUUU